AUGUCCGCGACCUCUUCACCAGCUACCUCGCCCCCUCCAGCCGUCUCCUCUCCGACGUCCAAUCCCAACCACCCGCCUCUGCCCCCAAUCAUAACCUCCUCGCCCCAGGCGAAACGAUCCACCCUGCCCCGGCCAGUCUCCAUGUCACAAGCCUCCAAGGACAGGCUGUCGCAAUAUUCCGUCGGCUCCGUGCCGUCUCGGUCGCGCCCGCCCUCCCAUAUAUUCCCGAUGUUCCCAUCCAGCCUCCCGUACACCCUCGUGCGGGACUUCGCAUACCCGACCGCUCAUCCCAUGCACUAUGGUCCUCCGCCAGAGCCGUCGCAGCCUCCCUCGGGCAUGUCCACCCCGGCGAGCGAGUCACGCCGCCUGUCCGACUCCGCCUGGGAGGGCAAGAUGAGCUGGGACACCGGCGCAUGGGAGAGCCUCAGCAAGGUCAACGACCUGGCGCCAAUCUACCUCGGGGACGGGCCUCCCUGGAGCGAAGACGAAGACCUGCAGAGCCCUGUGGUGAGCUCCAGGCACCGGAAACACAAGUCCUCGGGGGCGGCCUUUAUGCAGAGCCGCCGGCGCAGCAGCCGCGACCAAGGCAGCUCGAACGUCAUGCACGCGGCCGAUUACGACGCAGAGAGGGGCUACUACAUAGGCACGGGUGGCGACGGCAGCGAACGAUAUUAUGUGAACCAGGGAGGAGAGGCGAACGGGCCGGGUGGUGAAUAUGUCACCUACCCGCCCACCCAGGCGCGACACUCGGGGCAUCCCUAUACGCUGGCUGAGCUACAGCCACGGCAGUAUGCUGAACCCAAUGGCGGAUACCAUGAUGACUCUGACGAUUCUAGUACGGGUCAGUCCCCUGGGUACGACCAGGAAGACCAAUCCAGGUACUCUAGGGACUACCAAUUCACAAUCACCUCGCCCGACGAGGAAAUGCACGGCAAGGCGGUCGCUUUGUUCGACUUUGAGCGAGAAAACGAGAAUGAGCUUCCCCUGGUAGAGGGCCAAAUAAUAUGGGUUUCUUAUAGGCACGGGCAGGGAUGGCUCGUGGCGGAAGAUCCCAAGACAGAAGAGAGCGGCCUGGUCCCUGAGGAGUACGUGCGGCUGCUCAGGGACAUCGAGGGCGGCAUGACGAGCCUGACCGGGCAGGCUGAACCACUCUCCGGGAGUCCUGGCGACGUGGGCACGCCGACACAAGCCGAGCACACGAACCUUGGCCACAAUCCUCCGACUGCAAGUACCUCCUCCAACGCCAAUGGAUAUCAUCAGCCAGUCGUCUCAACUUUCUCUACUUCUAGCAAGGACCUUGAGCCGUAUCCACACCACAUGCUAGGCAACCAAGCCGGCCACGUCCCUCCACAAGUCGUGCACUACCACGGUCAAAGAGGCGGCAGCCAAGCCAACACACCGACGCUCUCGACGCACCACGACACCGGUUUCCUACGACGGGGCAGCCAGGGAGGUGAGGAGAUCCCACCGAAGAAAUACGAAGGCCAGACCAAAUCCGAUGCGAAGCUGCAGUCUCCAACCGAGGACAGGAAGAUGGAGGCGACGUCAUGA